CGAUUGACGUGAAUGUGAAACACUUGAAAAACUUUUUGAACAGAUUUUUGUAUUUUCUGUAAUUGUUAUGAUUUAUUAGAUUUAAUAAAAGUGUCGAUUCAAUGGAAAGCCCUUUAUUUCCGACACAAGUAUUCAGCGAUGACUUUGAGUCAGUCUAUGAGCCAUCGGAGGACACAUUUGUGAUGAUGGAUGCCAUCCAACAGGACUUACCACUCAUCCAACAAAUCAAGCCAUUGGUAUGCGUUGAGGUGGGCUGUGGUUCUGGUGCUGUCAUCACAUCCCUGGCCAAGGCCACAGACUUCAAUGGAAAGGCAUUAUCGACGACAAGAAAGUGUGGAUCAGUUAAUGGUGUCGAGGGAUGCGUUCAAUUAGUCCGCACUGAUCUGACACAAGCCAUUGAAAGCCGAUUGUCUCAUAGCAUUGAUCUACUUCUGUUCAAUCCUCCAUAUGUGCCAACACUUGCACAAGAAGUCUGA